AUGACGGUGUCAAGAAAGUUUAUCGAUCUGAUCUGGCAAGCCACUGCGAAAUGGGCAAGCUGGGACCCAGGGUACGAAAUCAAGGUGGGAGAUUAUGGAAAGAUCGAUAAGGCGACGGGCGUCUUUGAGAAAAAGGGCAAUAUUUACGUGAAUACUGAAAUUUUUACGGAUGAAAAUGUACGCAAAGUGGUACUGGAUAACCCGCCCAAAUAUGCGCCCAGAGAUGAUCAAUACAUUGCAACAUCUUCGAAUGUGAAAAGGACAGAGUUGAAGCUCGAGCCUAAUGUGAAUGUGGUUGGACUCGCCGAGGCUGCGAUCAAAGGUGAAUGGACGUUCGGCUCGAAGCGCGGUGCAUUGUUGGUGAUGGCCCAACCGCGCAGCGUGUACAUUCCACACGGGAUGCUCCUCGAGCAUCUCGUCAAAGUCAAGGCUCUUGAAGAUAUGCAUCUCGUCACGGAGGUGUUCUCAUGCCCAGCCUAUAGCUUGUACUUAUCCAGCGGAAACGAUGAUGUAGUGAAGUUGGCAUUGCUUGGAUCGGCUCCGAUACCGCAUGUCCCGGGCGUAAGCGCGGGCGCUCGUGUAGGGAUUGAGUGGUGGUCGCAGUUCACGACGGGUCUCUUUCGCCAUGGACGUGAACCCCAAGGGGAAGACAGCUUCACGCCGCUGUAUAUGCUGAAGGAGAUCAGGAAAAAGGGCUGGUUCAAGCGUGGACUGCCUCCGCCUGUCUAUGAAGGGGAUGACCUUUGGGAAGCCAUUGAGCCUCCUUGGGAACAUCUUGAUGAAGAAGGAAAUGAGGAUACCUUUGAGGACACGGUAAGCCUGCUUUUGUAG